ACAGUCACGGUUACCCAACGCUUGACGCUUCUCGUCUGUGGUUAUAUGUGAUUUUAUGACCCCUAUACCACGUUUCGGGUAACUAGGAGCAACCGGCCGGUUAAUCCAACGCCUGUUCUUGUCCGUAGAAUUUUCACUUUCAAAGGGAGAACACCAUGGCUCUAAUUACAAGCGCCAUACCCGAAGGCCCCAUUCUUUUGAGGUUCUGACGCCCAUUCCCAGUCAUCUCCACCACCUUUCCAGUGUCAACAUCACCGUCACUAUCACCACCCAUCCAGCUUCACCACUUUUCGUCAGCUUCACCACCAUGGCCAUAACCCCCAACUACGCCCUCCCCUCGACCGAGCUCAUUAUUCCCGACAACCCCUUCCUCCGCGCCGCCAAGCUCGGUCCCGCUCCCCAGCCUCCAGCCCACGAAGACCCUGAAGAACGCCCCCAACUCCGCGUCGCGGCCCUCAUCUCCAACCACCGGUGGAAAGCCGGCAUCCGCGGUCCCCUACGACCGCUUCCCCCGCGCUCCGAAGACGUCCAGGGAGCCUACUGGUACCACGACUGCCCUUACUUCAAAUCCAAAACACACUGGGUCGAGCGACCGCUUCACUUGCGCCUUGAACCACCCUUUGCUGUCGUCGAGCCCAAAAAUAACAGCACUAGCAUGAAUUGUAGUAGCCACAACAACAACAGCUCUGGAGGAGAAAUCCCCCUCGAACUCUGCGACUUGGGGUGCGGCUACCUCGCGCCGCGUGACACCGUCCUGUACAACAGCAAACGCGUCAUGGUCGAGACUCUGGAAGGGUUUAACUUGCUGCCGGGCAGAUUCGACGAUUGGUUCCUGUCUUGCUGCCAGUGCGGGAACUGGGAGCUAAAUCUGCUCAAAGAACACCCGUCGGCGCAGGAUAGCCAUGUAAAGAGAAAAGUGGUUGGGUAUAACUGCUGCGAACACUGUGAGAGGCCGGAUGAGAAUAAGUGUGAGUUGUGCUUUUCGUUGACCAAGUACUUGGAGGCGAAUUGUUGGCGGAGCGGGGAGCCGGUGCCCGGUGGUGUGAAGUGGAGGCAUGAGAGGGCCAGGGUGGAGAGGAAGGAGGGGAGGAGCCGGAGUAGGGGGGUGAGUACCUGUCCGGGUAUGACGGCCGGCUCGUUGGCUCUGGCUGCGGCACCUGUGUCGGCGGCGGCGGGGAUGGUGUUAGGGACGGUGAGGGAGUUUUCUAAUGGGGAGGAUGAGGCGUGGGUUGAAUAGUUCUGGUUUGGAGGACAGGGAAUGCAUUGGGAAGAGCUCUUGAAGCCGUAGGGUAAAGUUCCCUAAGGUACCUACCUAGAGGUAGGUAUGCACUCCUCUUCUUCACAUAACUUAUUUCUCUUAGGUUUUUAUACAAGAUUGGCCGAUCAAAACGGGCAGUGACAUCCCAAAAUGCCCAAUCAAAACAUUUCAUAUUU